ACGUUGUGACUUGGAGUCCAGCGACAGACAGGCCAGGAUUACGUGUUUCAUCCAUGGUCGAGCUUCUUUUCUCCCCACGGGUUGACGAGGCUUAAUUCCUGCAUACGACGGCUUUGGCCUACUCCUUCCUAUUUGGGUAUUUUGCUGCGGGUUUCUAUGUCUCAACAAGUGCAGGGAAUUCAGUAUAUAAUGCAUCGUGUCGCCCACAUUGCAAUCCAGAUCGCCAGUCAAAUGCAUUCAUCUGAUACAAUUUUGCUCAAUUCAAAGACCAUCCGUCUCCACAGCCCCCCAACACCAUGUCUGCAGUUGCAGAAUUCCUCCACCUGCCCACGACGGUAGUCCGUCGGGCACCCCGCCUCAGUGCGGGCAUUUCUCAACUCACAAACCGACCGGCCAUGCCCGGAAAGCUGGCAGCCAUUUCCCACGGCAAGCUGCAACGUGAAGCUGCAUCUCAAACCCCCGAUCUUCGCCGCUGCCUAGGCCACCACAACAUCCUUAUCCGCUGCGUAAAAGCAGCCCAAGAAGACAAUGCCCGAGUCAUGAAAGAGACCUACGAAGAUGAUCCGGAUCUGGCACCUUCAAGCGAGGAGUCUGAGUUUCCGCCCAUCCGGACGCAGAUCACCAACGCUGUCAAGACUAUGGUGCGAAGCCGGCGUACUACCACAGCAGCCAAACCCUCAGAUAACGGACUGGUGCGUGUGGAAGCACAUGGUUCAGAGACGACUAUACGAUCGAAACGACGCGGGGUUCUUGCAACGAUGUUAGGACUGAAAGGCAAAGGGAUAUUUCGGAAUUCGCAGACGAGAGAUAACCUACGAAUGCAUUCCGCUUUUUGAUGGGAAAUCGGUGCAUGGUGUACCGGGGUUACAUAUUUUGGGAUGGAGUUAUGAUCUGAUUUGAGAGCGUUUACGAGACAUAAUGAUGUGACGACUGUUAUGACGCGCUACGAUGAAUACGUGGCUUAUGAAGUUAUCUAAGACUUAGCAUAUACAAAC